UUUGCCAGUUUGGAAAAGUGGUGAUUAAAGUAGCAGCAGCAGCAGGAGGAGGAGGAGGAGUUCAUCACUUUACUUUUACAAAGUCGACUAUCUGUCUCUGACAAGAUAAUUGGUUCCCUGAGGCGCUGCUUUUUUUUUUUUUUUUUCUUUUUCAAAUUCAGCUUGUCGUGCCGUCUACUACACCUGCCUGCCAAGCUCCAGCGCUAAUGGGCGCGGCUGGGACCGGUGCCCAAAUCUCUGUUUUGACUUGCCUGGGAAAGUUGAAGGAAAAGGCACAAAAGGAACGAGGACUUUAAGAAGAACAUCCCACCCCGGCGCGUCCUCUUAAACGCGUGUUUCCCCCCGUGGACGUGAUCAGUCGGUUGGUCUUGAGAGGAGUCGGGAUUUGCUUCAUUGUUGUUCGAGCUGGCUAAAGAUAAGAUGGGAUGGACGAGUUAAAAGGACAGAUGGACUUCUCUGGAGGCUUGUCAGGAGAAAGGGUUGUGACAGAAACCGUAACCACGACGACCAGACUGACUUCUCUACCACCAAAGGGAACCAGCGGAUCAAAUCACAGGAAUAUGUCCAGCGGUGCUGGAGGGCUGGGCUUGGAGAAGAAUGUCUUAACCCAGAACAGCAGUGGAACUUAUUUCUCUUCAUCCUCUGUAGGUGUAAACACCAGCAACUACAGCUCCUCCUCAGGAGUUUACCUAGGAGGAGACUCCUCAGGGGGAGGCGAUGGAGGGGGGAGCUUCAUAGACGGUGACGGGUACAGAAGUGGAGGAGGAGGAGGAUUGGGCGGAGGCAGUUAUUUCGUGAGCUCGGUGUCAAAGGUCAGGUCCAGCUCGUCGGGUGGUGCCAGGAGAGGGCAGACUGCUGGCUCAUCAGGAGGCCUGUCGCCAGCUUUCCGGGAGAGGAAGAACAUAUCCAGCCGUUCAGGGGGUUAUGACGGAAGUUCUAGUGCUAAUUCCUCUCCAGAAUUUACACGAAAAGAUUAUGGAAACUACUGCUCCAGCACCACUAGAGGGAGGAGCGAGAGCAGAGAGAGCGAGAUCAGAGCCAGACUACAAAGUGCCUCUCCCACUGCUUGCAGAUGGACGGAGCUGGACGACGUGAAGAAGCUGCUGAAGGGACGUUCAAGCAGCGUCAGCCCCACUCGCUCCUCCACCGCCUCCAUCACCCUGCCUGUCCCUAAAAAGGCCAGCGUGGAAGCCAAGACCGUCUCUGUGGCCACACAGUCGGUUUCAACUUCAUUUGGCUCUGGUGUGAAAUCAGGUGGAUUCCACACCAUUGAUGCGUCAGGCCUGUAUGAUACCAGUCUGGAAUCUGGGGGUAUUGAUACUGGCGUAAAAUCAGGCCAAUAUGAUGUCACUCUGAUAUCAAGACAGUAUGACACUGGUAUGAAAUCAGGCCAGUAUGAGACCAGUCUGAAAUCAGGACAGUUUGAUACUGGUGUAAAAUCUGGCCAGUAUGAUGUCACUCUGAAAUCAGGACAGUAUGAUACCGGUCUGAAAUCAGGACAGUAUGAUACCGGUCUGAAGUCAGGACAGUAUGAUAUCGGUCUGAAAUCAGGACAGUAUGAUACCAGUCUGAAGUCAGGACAGUAUGAUAUCGGUCUGAAAUCAGGACAGUAUGAUACCAGUCUGAAGUCAGGACAGUAUGAUAUCGGUCUGAAAACAGGGCAAUACGAUACUGGUGUAAAAUCAGGCCAGUAUGAUGUCACUCUGAAAUCAGGACAGUAUGAUACCAGUGUGAGAUCAGGACAGUAUGAUACCAGUGUGAGAUCAGGCCAGUAUGACACCAUGAGAUCAGGCCAGUACGACACCAUGAGAUCUGGCCAGUACGACACCAUGAGAUCUGGCCAGUAUGACACGCUGGACGCAACACUUCCAACUUUCGCUUGGUCCACCUCCACGCUGCCCUCCUCCUCCACCACGGCGGUCACUGGCAACACCAGCAGCUACACGUACCAGGUCAGCAACAACAUGUCAGGAGGAACCUCUCUGGUCGCCCCCACCUCACCCUCGGCCCUGUCAGUUUAUGGCUUUCAGAAUAACCUGGCGCCCACCUCUGGUAGUGUGCUCACCACCAGUGGAGCCAACAUAAAUGCUAACUUAGGAGGUUAUGGUGUUCAGAAGAACGUGUCCAAUAGCGGUGGUGUCGUCAGCACUGGAGUCUCUACAACCACUAGAUCCCAAACUGAUGAAACAUAUAAGAAAGACUAUAAGUUCUUGAUCUCUGACAAGGAGAAUGUCCAAGCCAAGAGGGACACGGAGACGCUCAUCUUGGCUAAAGACAGCGGGAAGCAGUUCACCACCACCACCAGCGGUGUUUUAGGAGGAGGGUCACUAUCUGGAGAUUCAAUAAAGAAAGAGAAGCUUAUUUCAAGCUACAGUGAGACGGCCCCACUGAAGACAGAGUCGGGCAACACUUACUAUGGAUCAUCGGGAGUUGUAAUGAAAGACAAAGCCACCUAUGCAGAGAUUCACAGGGACAGUGGCAUCUUCGGAGGUGGAGGAUUUUGCUGCUGCUCUGAUUCUUGUUGCUCCUGGUGGAAAUGGCUGCUGGGCCUUCUCCUCCUCUCCCUUCUCCUGCUGGGACUCCUGUUUGGCCUCAUCGCACUGGCUGAGGAUGUGAGAAAGCUGAAGAAUCGAGUGGCCACCCUGGAGGCUCAGUCGGCCGCCACUGCUCAUACCAGUCGGUUCUCAGGUUCUUCCAAUGACAUCAACGGCCAUGUGGGAGUUGGAGUUGGCGGCGGAGGUGGAGGCGUAGGCUCAGGCGUUGGUGCUGGCGGCUCCAUGGGCGGCAGCAGUGGCAAUGAUAUCGGCACUGCAGGAAGCUUUGGUGGUGCCAGUGGUGCCAGUGGGGCCAGUGGGGCCAGUGGGGCCAGUGGUGCCAGUGGAGCCAGUGGGGCCAGUGGUGCCAGUGGAGCCAGUGGGGCCAGUGGGGCCAGUGGGGCCAGUGGGGCCAGUGGCGGAGGCACCGGCACCAGCUUCAGUGGCAGCGCUGGCAGUGCUGGUACUGAUUACGGUACCAGUGGCGGCAGGGGUGGUACCAGUCAUAGUGGAAGCGCUGGCAGUGUUGGUACCAGUUAUGGUGGAAGCUCUGGCAGUGCUGGUACUGGUUACGGUACCAGUGGCGGCAGUGCUGGUACUGGUUACGGUACCAACGGCGGCAGUGCUGGUACUGGAUACGGUAGCAGCGGCGGCAGUGCUGGUACCAGUCAUAGUGGAAGCUCUGGCAGUGCUGGUACCGGUUUCAGCGGUGGCACUGGCUUUGGGACUGGCGUGAGUGGAGGACACAUAGACCAUGCUGUUCUUCAGAUGACAAUCCAAAACAUGCUCAGAUCUGAAAUGCAGUCACAGACAUUCAGAGCUUUUCUAACAUCCUCAGUGCAGGGAGAGAGAGGGCUGCCUGGACCAAAAGGUGAACCCGGAUCUAAAGGUGAUGCUGGUUUCCCUGGAAUUCCAGGUGCUCCAGGUGCAAUGGGACACGCAGGCCCUGAGGGUCCUAAAGGACAGAAAGGAAGCCAAGGUGAACAUGGGAUGGAGGGGCAACCAGGUAUCAGGGGUCGUGAGGGCCCAGCUGGCCCCAGAGGUGAGCCAGGAACUGCAAGCUUUGGACUCAAGGGUGACAGAGGUGCUCCUGGAGAGCCUGGGGUUCCUGGGUCUGUGGGACCUGCCGGCCAGAUGGGACAAAAAGGCUCAGCAGGAGCUCCCGGUCUUUCUGGGCCACCAGGUCAACCAGGUCCUCAGGGUUUCCGUGGCGAGUCAGGGUCACCUGGGCCUAAAGGUGACAGAGGACUUGCUGGAUUUCAGGGACUUAAAGGUGAAGCUGGAGACAAAGGUCUCAGAGGUCUGCAAGGUGAUACUGGUUUACCAGGUCUGCCCGGGCAAGCUGGAGAGAAAGGAUCCAAAGGGUCAAUGGGAUUGUCUGGACAUGAUGGUGCAAAAGGAUCAAGAGGUGACCAAGGAUCUGCUGGGCCACCUGGACUCAGGGGACCUGCUGGGCCUCCCGGUGAUGCUGGACUUCCAGGAGCACCUGGGCUUCAAGGACCACCAGGGAUACCAGGGAAUCCAGGACAACCUGGCGCCAAAGGUGACACUGGUGAACCCGGAAGAAUUAUCAAUGCAGCUGGUUCCACAUCUAUUGGCAUCCCAGGACCACCUGGGCCCUCUGGUCCUCCCGGCCCUGCUGGACCUCCUGGAUUGUCAGGUCCCAUUGGCCCUGCUGGUCUGCCUGGCCAGCCUGGUCCUAAAGGUGACAGAGGAUAUAAGGGAGAACAGGGAGAAGCAGGAAUAUCAGUGAGAACGACUGAAACUAUAAGUUCAUCUGGAACAAGGACUCAAUUUAGUUCUGGUGGAGCCUCAGCACUACCCGGCCCACCCGGCCCCCCGGGUCCACCUGGUGUUCCUGGACGUCCAGGAGAUUCAAGACAAGGACCUCCAGGACCACCUGGGCCUCCAGGUCAGCCAGGUUAUGGAAGACCAGGACCUAAAGGAGACAGAGGAGAGUCAAGCUUUGCAUCCAGCUCUGGAAUGUUUUACACUGGACCACCAGGACCACCUGGGCCUGCUGGGCCUAAAGGAUCAACAGGUUCUCCUGGACCAAGGGGCUACCAAGGUGAACAAGGACAGCAAGGUGUGCCCGGCACCCCAGGAAGACCAGGAAGCUCUGAGAGAGUGUCAACUUAUGCUGGAGGACACGGGAUCCCUGGUCCACCAGGUCCACCAGGGCCACCCGGACGUCCAGGACCACAAGGAAUCAAAGGGGACACUGGAGCUCCUGGUAUUUCUGGCUCUUCAAGAGGCUCCAUCUCUGUCACUUCAGGUCCUCCUGGUCCCGCAGGUCCUCCUGGCCCUCCAGGCCAGCCAGGCUCUUUUGCUUCUUCUAGUGAGAUGCGCCUAUACAUCUCUGACUAUCUAAGUAGAAUCAGACAGUCUGGUAACCCUGGACCUCCAGGUCCACCUGGGCCUCCAGGAAUCCCUGGAACCCACUCAGGCUCUAUAGAGGACAUUGCCGCUCGGAUCAUUGCCUACCUGCGAAGUUCAGGCUCAGGCCUCAUCAUUGGUCCUCCAGGACCACCAGGUCCUCCUGGACCUACUAUUGAACUUCAGUCAGUCAGUGAUGUCAUUGCUGUGCUUCGGAGAGACGAUGUGAGGAGAUAUUUGAUCUCAAUUGCACAAAAACAACAACUACCAUCAGGGGGAUCAGACGGACUUGUAGGCAGUUACAGUAUAGAACAGAUAGCGACAUAUGUCUUCAAUAUCAUGAAUGACAGAGGGAUUGCUAGAGGUCCACCUGGGCCACCUGGUCCUCCUGGGCCUGCUGGUGCAGGAGGUUCUGGCUUCAGUACAGCUACAAUUGACUAUUCUGCACUGAUGAGAAAUACAGACUUCCGCUCUUGGAUCAGCUCUGCCAUACAACAUGGUCCUCCUGGUCCUCGAGGUGAGCCAGGGCUACCUGGCCCUGCUGGCCCUCAGGGGCCUCCGGGAGUCUCCACUGCCACUGUGUAUGGAGCGGGAGGUCGUGGCUACAGCUUGGAGGACAUUCAGCGUUACCUGCAGAGUUCUGGGUUCAGAGGUCAUCCCGGCCCUCCUGGUCCUCCAGGUCCACAGGGUCCACCAGGCACUUUCACUAGAUCAGUUUCCAUCAGUGGAAACUUCCCUCGGGAGAGCAUUCGCGCUGAAAUUCAGGAUUAUCUGACCAGUGACAGUGUUCGUCAAUUCAUCACCGGACCUCCAGGGCCUCAGGGGCCAAGGGGUCAGAAAGGAGAACGUGGAGAGCUUGUUUAUGUCCAAGGCAACAUACAGAGCCAGGGCUACGCUCAUGGUGACUCCCGCUACGGCUCGGAGCGCAGAGAGAUCGAUAUCAGCAAGCUCGCUGAGACAUUGGACUACUCCAAUGUUGCCUUGAAAGUUACAGACUACAUCAGGAAUCAAGGCCUGCUGCAGGGCUACCUGGUUGAGGGUCCUUCGAGGACGAAUGUAAGAGCGAUUCAAGGACCCCCUGGUCCACCUGGUCCUCCCGGACCACCUGGUUACAGCCGUGUCAUCGGGUCCUAUGGCAAUGUCACAGCUGACCUCAUGGAAUUCUUCAGAACCCAUGGCACCAUCCCCGGCCCUCCAGGAAACCCUGGACCGAAGGGAGACAGAGGGUACCCAGGACCCAGAGGAGAAAAGGGUGACCUUGGACAACAGGGUUUACCAGGAUUACCAGGGGCAUACAGUGUCCAGAUUCCACACAGAGUGCAGAAGAGGGAUACAGGUAAAAAAGUGGUUGGUCGUCGUCAGCUGCAUCGCCGUCAGGCCAACGGUGGCUAAAGGGUUAACAUACUACUGGAUCAUGUCAGAUUUCAUUUCCAUUUUAUUCAUCUUUUUUUUUUAAGUCUUUAACUGUAGAAAUGCAAGUAGUCAAAAAAAUGCUCCUUAUUGUUGCCAUUUGUAGAAAUGUCAGAGAACAAUUGAGAAAAUAAAAGCAGCCAAAAAAUGCAUCAGUCUCUUUAAAACCGCUUGAGUAGAGGUAUUGAUUUAGCUGCUGGUCAGUGCUGUGGUGACACAGACUUCGUUUUUUGACAUGUGGGUGUACAAUGUUUACUUUGUUUAGUUAGAAGCUUGUGUUCAAACAUUUUUCUGGGGGCAGCUUUGUUUAAAUGAAUAUCUAUAUUUUAGCGAUAAAUAGCAUUUGCUGAUAGUUUAAUUGCACUUUGCAUCUUUUUCCACUGCUUGUGUUACUUGAGCGUCUGGUGUACUUUUUAUUCUAUUCAAUGUUUUUUGAGGAUUAUAUUGUAUUGAGGACUAUAUAAGUGUUGAAUGUUGUAUCAAGGUAAAAGACUAGAAUAUUUUCAUUAUUAUCCGUCAAGUCAAGCCAUUCUACAGCUUUUAAGACCCCUGGCAGUUAUCCAUUCACCCCAUACAACUUUUUUAAAUUUAUAAAGUAAUGCAUCAUUAUCAGAGGUUGUCCGGGUCAGAGUGAGGGCCAUUUGUGCAGUACGGGUGGGGUGGGUGGGUUGGGCUGGGUUGAUAUACUUGAAAGGUUUGUUUAUAAAAGAAAUAAAUGACAUUGCUCACAUGGUUGAAAGACAAGGACUGAUAAUCUCUUAGAAAUGACUGAUUGGGUUGUAUAUUUUUGUAUAAGAGCGCACUGAAAUUAUAUUUUCUUUUGUGUGUUGGAAAGAUUAAAUUAUAAAAUGUUCCCAGGUAAUGUUUGACAUCAUUGAACUUACUGACAUUUGAUCAUUAUAUUUGAAAGACACACAAAUAAAUCUAUUUUUGGACUUGUGA